UGUUGGUCACGUGACGUUAGGCAGCCGGCAAAACUUCUAACUACAGCUUGACGAUAUCUUUCUAAUUUCUAGCUGUCGAAAGCUGGUUUAGCCAUGGAUUUUGGUGGCAAAGUAUGGAUACCGGACAACGAACAUGGUUUUCUUCUAGGAACAAUUGUAGAUAUCGGAAGUGACACAGUUUCUGUGGAGCUUGAUUGCCAGAAAGGAAAGUCCAAGCCUGCGCCGUAUAACCGGAUUUUUCCGGCCGAGAGAGAUCAGAACAAAGAUGUGGAAGAUAAUUGUGCCCUGAUGUUUUUAAAUGAAGGCACUCUACUCAAUAAUUUAAGAAUACGAUACAAAAAAGAUAAAAUAUAUACCUAUGUAGCCAAUAUUCUUCUAGCCGUCAACCCAUAYCAUGAUGUACGAGACUUGUACUCUAAAGAAACCAUUCAUAAAUACCACGGCAAAUCACUGGGUACCAUGCCUCCUCAUGUCUUUGCAAUAGCUGACAAAGCUUAUCGAGAUAUGAGGGCAUACAAACAAAGUCAGUCCAUUGUUGUUAGUGGUGAAAGUGGGGCUGGGAAAACAGAGUCAACAAAAUACAUUUUAAGGUUAAUAAAUAUCUUUAUUUUGCUGACAGUUGUCGUGGGAGGUUUUAUCUCUCAUUAUCUACURGAGAAAUCUCGUAUAUGUAAGCAGUCAAAUGGUGAACGCAACUACCACGUUUUCUACCGACUCUGUGCAGCACCCAAAGCCGUGAAAGAUAAACUUAAAAUUAAAACAGCUGAGGACUAUUUUUACCUGAAGCAAGGCUCCAUCAAAGACCCUAGUCUUGAUGAUGUUAAAGACUUCAACCGUAUGGACCAAUCAAUGGAUAAUGUUGGCUUCUCYAAAGAAGAGAAAGACAACAUCUACCAUGUUGUCUCUGCUGUGCUCCAUCUUGGAAACAUUGACUUUGAGGAGAAAGAUGAUGCAAAAGGUGGUUGUGCUGUAGCUGGUAAGAGUAUGGAUGACCUCAACACCACUGCAGCACUGCUUCAUGUCUCAUCUGAAGAGCUACAGAUGUCGUUGACAACUCGCAUGAUGUCAGCAGGCGGGGCAGACAUGAGAGUCCCACUGACUAAAGAACAAACUUGCCAAGCACGUGAUGCCCUGGCUAAAGCACUCUACACUAAGCUGUUUGAUCAUAUUGUGAAUCAAGUGAAUCAGUGCUUCCCAUUUAAAUCUUCUGCUACUUUCAUUGGAGUGUUGGACAUUGCUGGCUUUGAAUACUACGAGCUGAACAGCUUUGAGCAGUUCUGUAUMAACUACUGCAAUGAGAAGCUACAGCAAUUCUUCAAUGACAGGAUUCUCAAACAGGAACAAGAACUGUAUGAUCGAGAGGGACUGGGUGUUAAGUCAGUCAAAUACAUGGAUAAUCAGGACUGCAUUGGUCUGAUAGAGUCCAAGAAGACAGGUAUUCUCGACACACUUGACGAAGAAAGCAARCUYCCCAAACCAACAGCUGCUCACUUCACUACUGAGAUUCACAACAAACACAAGGACCACUUUAGACUGACCAUCCCAAGAAAAUCUCCUUUGAUGUAUCACCGUAAGUUGAGAGAUGACGAAGGGUUCCUCAUCMGACAUUUUGCUGGAGCUGUGUGCUACCAUACAGCACAGUUCAUCGACAAGAACAACGACGCUCUUCACAGCGACUUGAAAGAGCUAAUCAGCGACAGCAAAGACUCGUUUAUCAAGAGUCUGUUUCCUAGUGAGUUCGCAUCUGAUAGUCAAGUUAUUGGGAACAUUAGCAUGCUUUGUUCCAUGCUCUUGGUAUGAGCGACAAAGAUUACAAGUUUGGGUCCUCCAAGAUUUUCUUCAGACCUGGAAAGUUCGCCGAGUUUGACGAGGUCAUGAAGCAAGACCCAGAGAACCUGAAGAUCCUUGURGCYAAAGUCCAGUCCUGGUUGAUCCGUACAAGAUGGCGUCGUGCUAUUUAUGGAACGUUCUGCGUAAUCAGACUGGCCAAGAAGAUCAAGUACAGAGCUCAAGCAAUUGUAAAUAUCCAAAAGUCUGUUAGGAUGUUUAUCGCCCUUGCCAAGCACAAACCCAGAUAYAAACACAUCAUCAAGAUACGUCUGCUUGAGGUGCAAGUUAACAACAUGGCAGCUUCAGCAUCUAAACUCAAGAAAGACAAAGACCUUGUUCUUAAACAUAUCAGCGGYGUCAACAACGAUUUGGCAGCUGCCAUUAAAAAAAUAAAGGCAACAGUCAUGCGUCGUAAGGACAUCGAACAAGAAUAUUUCGCGUUGGUGCAGAAAGUUAACAACCAACUCAAUGACUUGAACAAGAGACAGGAGCAACAAAAGAUCGCUGAGGAGCAAGAACGUCUGAGAAAGAUCCAAGAAGAAAUGGAACGGGAAAGAAAGAGAAGAGAAGAAGAAGAAAGAAAACGGAGAGAAGAGGAAGAGGAAAGAAAAAGGAAAAUGGAGAUUGAGCUUGCGAGGCAGCGUGAAGAGCAAGAACGCAAACGACGCGAAGAAGAGGAACGCAAACAGCGUGAGAAAGAGGAGAAGGACAGRCAGUUCCAGCUUGAGAAACAAAGACUUCAGGAGGAGGAGCAAAAGCGACAAGAGAUGAUUGAACAAGAAAGACGUGACCGUGAAUUAGCAAUGCGUCUUGCUAACGAAGAAGAGGCCGUCGCUGCUGAGUCAGAGCAAUAUCAACAACAGCCUUUACAGAGAAACCUACCAAGUAAGAAAGACAAGAAACACGAUCUCAGCUCGUGGAAAUACGCUGAACUUCGAGACACCAUUAACACAUCUUGUGAUAUUGAGCUACUUGAAGCAUGUAAGGAGGAGUUCCAUCGCCGUCUAAAAGUCUAUCAUCAAUGGAGGAAGAACAAUAAAGCACGCGUGACGUCAAAAGAAGGCGCUCCACAGAGAGCACCAAAGGAAGUUCAAGAAGCAGCUGAUGAAUCUGCCCCACCWAUCCCCCCACGCCCAGCUCGUGAUGGUCAGCCAGAACCCCCAUCCCUCCCACCUCGUGUUCUGCAAAGGUUUUUCCGUGUACCGUUUGUCAAGAAGACAGACGUYCACCGUGAAUCUGAGUACAAGAAGCAAGGAUGGUGGUUUGCACACUUUGAUGGUCAAUGGAUCGCUCGUCAGUURGAAAUUCACGAAGGUAAAGAACCUCUUCUUCUAAUUGCCGGUCAAGAUGAUCUAGACAUGUGUGAGUURAGUCUUGACGAGACUGGGUUGAUCAAAAGACCAAGGGCACAAAUAACCCAGCAAGAAUUUGAAACAAUCUGGCAACGUGCUGGUGGGAAACCAGGAAAAUACCAAGCAAAAUUUUACCAAGGAGCGAGAUAGGGGGAAGUCUCCACUGGUGGAGAACGCGAGUWGKAGUAAUAGGUGGAGAACCCGAAAGCACCAAAAAUUAGGAAUUAAAUUAAAAUAAAUAUGAAAGUUAGGUAAGGAGUAAAUAUUGAAUAAGUUACCGGUGAUAUUUAAUAUGAAAUUAAGUGCAUGAAGCUGUAUUUUUGCAUGUGAAUCUUCUCUUUUAGGUCUAAUACAAUUUACAUAGUUGUGUAGUUUUAAUAGUGUUGUGUUGUAUCUUGAGAUCUUGGCUUAAAGCUAAGAAGUCAUUAUUAUUUUCCAUAUUCGRUUUUUGUUUCACGCUAAUAUUAAAGCUUUUGUAUUUGUUAUUUUUUCCACCGUAGUUUUCAGUUUUUGAUUUUCUCUUUAUUGCAAAGGAACACUAAACAUCUGUAAUAGAGAAUCUUUCUUGUAAAAUAAUCACUAAUAUAGCAAGAUACUUCCAGUUGUAAGUUAUUAUAAUACCAUUAAUGGUCAAUAAUUAAAGUAAUUUUUUACUGGAA